AUGUCUGACUCACAUCCAAGUGGUACAUCAACUUCUGCUAGCCAAGAUAGAGAUCUUCCCUAUCAGCCGAUCACUCUCAGCACCGCAGAUAUUGCAGCUACAUUGGCAAUGGCUGCAUCAUGUAUCCGAGCAUGUGUUGCUCAAUAUCAGAAAGAAGCAGCUGAAAUGGAUUUGCCGUGCGCACGAAUCACCCACUUCAAAACUGGGCUUCAAUGGGAGAUCUCAACCUUUGUGACACCGGUCCUGCAGUACUCAGCUGCACACAACAUCAUUUCGGUCAUGCCAAUCCCCAUCGCUCAUCUGCUGCUCUUGAUCCCGCAGCAAAGCUGGACCGAGGUUCCAGACCAUGUCUUCGCAGCUCAUCUGGGUCGGCUUCAAGAUCACACAGCUCCCGGCGAUCCCUCGCACAUCAUUCCAGACUAUGAUACUCCAUGGUGGAUGGGGCACACCACCAUUCCGAACGAACCAUGGCGAUGGAAUCGGGUCAUGGAGUGUUGUGGAUUCCACUAUGAGCACUGGCUGUUGAUGAAUCGAAACAUCCAGGGCGGUGUUGAGGAUGAUGGUCUCAUUCUUCUGGAGACGGUGGAUCAAACCUCGAUCCCAUCUCUUAUGGGACUUCAGUGGAUUCGAGAAUGA